AUGGAUGUGAGUUCUCAUUCAGUUUCCUCAUAUGGCAAGACCAAUUCUUUUGCCAAUGGGACAUUUUCCUCUACUAAAUCAGCUGUUUUGGCCCGUAAAAACGGUAACUUUACGGGGUAUAACUGUCUGCCGAGAAAAUCGAAAUGUAGAUUGACGAACUUUGGAGCCAUUAAUGGUUAUUAUGAAAGUUCGUCUGCUGAUGCUGAUGGGUCUGUUAGAUGGCUUCUUCAACCCACGGGUGAUGGUGACUCGAGGCACAUAGGUUAUAAGGUCGACAUACCCGAGCUGUUUGAAAUUUUUUCCAAUGUUGUCACUGUCGGGCGCGAUCGUGAGAAAGCCGAUAUAGUUAUUCCAGUGCCGACAGUCUCUGCUUUGCACGCCCGGAUUCAGAGGACAGAGGAGAAUCUGUUGAUUACCGAUUUGAACAGCACUAACGGUACAUUCAUAGACGAAAGACGCCUACAGCCUGGAGUUGUUGCCUCAGCAGUCCCUGGAAAUCUCAUCACAUUUGGUGACACCAAUCUAGCUAUAUUCAAAGUAUAUAAGCUCGAGCAAGAGGAUCGGCUUAGUGUUGAACUCGUGACAUCUGAACCUUAA